AUGCGCGAGAUCGUGCACAUCCAGGCGGGUCAGUGCGGCAACCAGAUCGGCGCUAAGUUUUGGGAGGUGAUAAGUGAUGAGCAUGGCAUCGACCCCACCGGCAGUUACCAUGGUGACAGCGACUUGCAGCUGGAGAGAAUCAAUGUGUACUACAAUGAAGCUGCUGGUAAGGCUUUGGAUUCAGCUCUUGUCCCCACAGGCAACAAAUAUGUACCUCGGGCCAUCCUGGUGGACCUGGAGCCUGGCACCAUGGACUCAGUGAGGUCAGGACCCUUCGGCCAGAUCUUCAGGCCAGACAACUUUGUUUUCGGCCAGAGUGGUGCAGGAAAUAACUGGGCAAAAGGCCACUACACAGAGGGCGCUGAGCUGGUGGACUCCGUCCUGGAUGUAGUGAGGAAGGAGUCUGAAAGCUGUGACUGUCUCCAGGGCUUCCAGCUGACCCACUCCCUGGGGGGAGGCACUGGCUCAGGCAUGGGGACCCUGCUCAUCAGCAAGAUCCGAGAGGAGUACCCAGACCGCAUCAUGAACACCUUCAGUGUCAUGCCCUCGCCCAAGGUCUCUGACACUGUGGUCGAGCCCUAUAAUGCCACCCUCUCCGUGCACCAGCUGGUGGAGAACACAGAUGAAACCUAUUCCAUUGACAAUAAAGCCCUGUAUGACAUUUGCUUCCGCACCCUCAAGCUGACCACACCCACAUAUGGUGACCUCAACCACCUGGUGUCAGCCACCAUGAGUGGGGUGACCACCUGCCUGCGCUUCCCGGGCCAGCUGAAUGCAGACCUGCGCAAGCUGGCCGUGAACAUGGUGCCCUUCCCACGCCUGCACUUCUUCAUGCCAGGCUUUGCACCUCUGACCAGCAGGGGCAGCCAGCAGUACCGAGCCCUGACAGUGCCUGAGCUCACCCAGCAGAUGUUCGACUCCAAGAAUAUGAUGGCCGCCUGUGACCCUCGCCACGGCCGCUACCUGACCGUGGCUGCCAUCUUCCGUGGCCGCAUGUCCAUGAAGGAGGUGGACGAGCAGAUGCUCAACGUGCAAAACAAGAACAGCAGCUACUUCGUGGAGUGGAUCCCCAACAAUGUGAAGACGGCCGUGUGUGACAUCCCCCCUCGAGGCCUCAAGAUGUCAGCCACCUUCAUUGGCAACAGCACCGCCAUCCAGGAGCUGUUUAAGCGCAUCUCAGAGCAGUUCACUGCCAUGUUCCGGCGCAAGGCCUUCCUGCACUGGUACACGGGUGAAGGCAUGGACGAGAUGGAGUUCACCGAGGCAGAGAGCAACAUGAAUGACCUAGUGUCUGAAUACCAGCAGUACCAGGAUGCCACGGCUGAUGAGCAGGGCGAGUUCGAGGAGGAGGAGGGCGAGGAUGAGGCUUAAGAACUUCUCCAAUACAUCGUGCACCCUUAGUGAACUUCUGUUGUC